AUGAUCCGCGAGCAUCCUCUUCCGAAUGCCUACUGGAAGGAUAAACGGGCAAGAGUUGAGAACAUCGACGUUCCAAUAGUCAUUGCUUACGAGUAUAGGCUUCGCAUUCACCACACCCAAGAAUGGCACGACUUGUACCAAAAAUCUUCAAACGAUGACUUGCAGAAAUUCUUCGACAAAUACCUUCUCGGGAAAGAUAAUGGCUGGGAAAAGACACCAACUGUCAGACACAGCCUUCUUGGUUACAAUGUACCAUGUGUUAUUAACCGGCCUGAUGUGGCCUACCCUCCACCUUCGAUUGAACACACGACUCUCUAUGUUUCCUGUGCGAGUAGCACUUUACAAACAUCCCCAGAAGGGCAUAACAGCACGGCUCAAUAUCAUUCUAACUCGUGGGACGAUGACGGCGCACACUUCUCGUACAAAUUCUCCAGUUAUACCGAAUUAAUUGGAUACUCUAGAGCGAUUCUGUACAUGUCAUGUGCCGACACGGACGAGAUGGACGUCUAUGUUAUUAUCAGAAAGCUCGAUGCCCAAGGUAACGAGCUUCUCCAUAUUAAUAUCCCGCUUGAGGAUCUCCCAGUUGGGGUGAAGGAGACCGACGUACCACACGGGAACAUCUUCAAAUAUUUUGGCCCAAAUGGGCGCCUCAGGGCUUCAAAACAACAUGAGCCAGGCUUGACUCCAGAGCAAAGCAAAGCGCUUUAUCCAGCAGAGAUCUGGCAUCCGCUUGACGUGGAGGAGAAAAUAAUACCUGGAGAAAUUGUGAGACUAGAAAUCCCACUUUGGCCAUCUGGGAUCAUCUUCCAGUCUGGUGAGAGUAUGAGGUUGGAAGUCAAAGGUCACGAAGUAACGCUACCAGAAUUCCCGGCGCUGGAUCGCGUUCCAACCAACUUGAAUCGCGGAAUACACGUCAUUCAUUCAGGGCCAGAGUAUCCAUCCUCUCUUAUUGUCCCGCUUUCUCAGGGGGCUGCAGCUGAGCAAUGA